AUGGCAUUGAAUAAGUUUAUGUAUACAGGAUAUAAUGUCAGCAGGGAUUGUGGAUAUUGUCGAAGUGGAGAGCCUACUGAGCACUUUGGACUUUUAUCAAAAGAACUAAAAUGCGACGCGUACCAAAAGCUUGUUGAUAGGGGCUGGAGACGUUCGGGGCAUUAUUUAUAUAAGCCAAACUUGAGGGCCUCUUGCUGUCCGUUGUACACAAUUCGAUUAAAUGCGGAUGAAUUUCAAAUCUCUAAAGUACAAAAAAAGGCUAUUAAAAAAUGGGCCAAAUUGGUCACCGGGAAACCAUUAAAUCAGAUACCGGCAAAAAAUGGUAUAGAAUACCUUGAGAACGCAUUUGAGCAAAUAGAGGGAUACAGAGAUGAAACACACUCAUAUACUGUCACGUUAGAAUCAGAUGAGUACACCGAUGAAAAAUUUGAUCUGUUCAAAAAGUAUCAAACAAGCAUCCAUCAUGAGUCUGAAGAAGAAGUGACCAAGAAAGGAUUUGAAAGAUUUCUAUGUUCCUCUCCUUUUAUAAGCGAUGACGGCCCGAUGAAAAAAUGUGGAUCUUUUCAUCAACUGUAUCGUAUAAACGGUACUUUGGUUGCUGUUGGUGUACUCGAUUUGCUACCACAUGCCGUAUCGAGCGUUUACUUGUUUUAUGAUCCAGAGUUUUCGUCUUUCUCGCUUGGAAGAAUAAGUGCUUGCCGUGAAAUUCUUCUUGCAUCUGAAGAGAAAUAUCAAUUCUACUACAUGGGAUAUUACAUUCACAAGUGUAAAAAGAUGAGAUACAAGGGUGAAUAUAGCCCGAGUUAUUUGCUUAACCCGGAAACAAACGGUUGGUUGUCGAUCAAUCAUUUUACAGACUUGUGGGAUAACGAAGCCCCAGAUUAUUUGACGUUUGAGAAUAUUGGUGAGAGCAAAGAGUUGUCACCCAAAAGAGUCGAUUCUUUACCAAAAGUUUCAGACACUGACGAAGAAGAGCCUCCGUCAGUAUACGAACGGAGUUUACCAGGAAUUUUGGAUGAAGACGUUGCGAAAUCUCUAUUGCAAAGAAAUCAUAUUACUAUUGGAGAUUCAACUUUACCCGUGAAGGCUGUUUUAGGAUUUUUUCCCAGGUUGGAGAAAUUAUAUAUUGAAGCGAAUGCAGCGCUAGGGAAAGAUGUUGGCAAGGAUUAUACUCUUGUCUUUUCACAGUAA